AUGAGUAAAUAAAAUAUGUAUAUUUAUUUAUUAUUUUAGUCAUAAUUUGGAUCAUGGACUAUUAAAAGUAAAUGAUUCAAUAACUUAAUCAAUUUCGAAGGUAAUACCAAUAGGAAAUGAAACUUCUAUUUAUAAACUAAAUUUUAAUGAAUUAUAAACAGGAACUGAUAGAAAGAUUAGUAAAUCAUGCAGAGAUAAUCUAAGUUACACUCCUCAUCAAAAUAAAUUCUAUGGAUAUUGUCAAUUUCCAAAAUAAAAGUUAAAUAGUGGAAAACUAACCGAAAGUAGAAUGACAACGUUGUAGUAAUAAUCUACCAUUUCAGUUGAAAAAUCAUAAGUAAAACCUCAAACACCAAAUACUCAACCUCAUACAGCAUCUAUUAUGAAUGGAAAACGUCUCAAAGUAAAAAAUAGUGAAAUUCUUUUCUAAGAUAAUCCCUAUCAUUUAAGUGGUAAUAUGUAAGAUGUAAUAUAAAAUUAUCAGAAAAGCACUAUUCAAAGCUUUGUAUUUAGAAAAGGUAGUUCUUCUAUUAAUCGAAAUAAAUCAUAAACUAGCCAAAAUUAAUAAAGAUUUGUAUGCAAGUAUAUUAAUCAUAGACAGAUCAAUUCCCCUCCAAUUAAUUUAAUUAACAAAUUUAUAAUAAAUCUAGAUUAAUAGAAAUUAUAAAAUGAGCAAAGUAAUUAAACAGAGAAUCUUAAAAUAACUCUUGGAACUGAUAGAGGAAGAUUAACAAUUGAAAAUGAAACUCCUGAUGAAAAAUAAAAUAGAUCUUUAUCUAAAUCUUUAUAUUAAACGUUGGAUCUCUCACUACAAGCAGAUACAAUAUAAGCAACACAUAUGAGAUCUUUAAAUACUGAUAUUAAUUCAAGUGCUAUUUUAUGUGAUUAAAAUAAUCGCAAGGUUAGUGAAAUCUAUUAAUCAUUUAUUUUUAAAUCAAAUUUGUAAAUGAAUCAGAACAAAUUGAUUACAACUAAAUAAUAAUUAGAAAAUUCUUAAAGGUUAGAAAAAGAAUUAGAAUUAUAUCCUGAAAUUAAAUAACCAAAAGAACAGAGAAAAACUAAAUAAUAUAGAGCAAAAAUUUAUACAGAAUCCGAAUUAUCAAAGAAAGAGAAGGAUCUAAAUACCAAUUAUCUUAUUUGA